AUGGUGCCGGGCUAUUAUUUUAUUGUUUUGCAAACAAUAUUUUUCAAUUUCAUCUCUAGUUGUUAUUAUUUAUAAAUAAUCAAUUAAAACUUGGUUAAACGUUCGUCAUUUAUGGAAAUGUAUACCUGGGAUUGCUGCCGGACAUGUUUGGGCACUCGGAACUUGCAUCCAAUAUUCGUAAACACCGCAAAAAGUGAUAAAUACACUAAAACAAUUUUCACCGUCACCGGUGUAAAGGUUUACACAGUCUAAUGUAAAAGUUCACUGACUCUAGGCAGAAUAAUGAGAUACAAAAACUUAGCUCUGCCAAGCUGUUGCUAGAGGCUCAGGCUCAGGUGGAACUAAAUGACACAAUGCCACAAGAUAUUUGUGUGGAAUGCAUAAAUUUCAUUAACAAAUCAAUAAAAUUCAGAAGAAAAUGCGAAGAAGUACAGAACAUGUUGCAAGAGAAUGGAACAAAAUGUAAAAAUGUUAAAUUAGAGUACUUCAAAAAUGUAAAAGAAGAAUGCCAUCCGUCAAUUGACAUUACAGACUCCUAUGAUGAUGACUUUAAAGAUUUUGAUGAUAACAUUACAUUGGACGCCUUACAAUAUCAAAAUAUUGGACAGAAUAAUUUGAAUAAUGAUGAAAUUGUCUAUGGGUCUAUUACAAACAAUGUAUCAGAAACCAGUGAUGAUAGUGAUGACAAAAUUAUUAAAACUGUUAAUCAUUCUGCUGACAGUAAUGGCACAAUGAUUAAAACUGUCCAUUAUUCUGAUGAUAGUAAUGACAAAAUUGUUGAUAAUCAGUACAAUGGUGACCAGUUAAAUGUGGUGGAAUUUCACAAAACUGAAAAUGACAGCAAUAAUGACAAAAUAGUGUUCAAUACUGUUCAGAAUCAUGAUAGGAAUGAUGAAAUUAAUGAAGACAUUGAGAACAAGUCAGACAAUAAAGUGCAUUUAAUAGAAAAACAAAAUUUGUUCAGUAAAAAAAGAAAAACAAGAGUGAGAGCAGUGAGGAAGAAAGAGAAAAGCGAUGAAGAUUUAAAAACAAAACAGGAGAUUGAGUGCGAGUUCUGUCACAAGAUCCUGACGUCAAAAUUGUCUUUAAGAAAUCAUUAUAAGAUUCACACCGGCUUUGACAUUGUUUGUGAGCACUGUGGCAAGAAGUUUAUAACGCGUCGGUUGCUGCUGAUGCACUGCAGGGCGAAGCACGGCUACGAGAAGACUGACAAGUGCUCCUACUGUGACUACCGGGCCUCCAACGCCGAGCAGGUCAAGAUACACGAGCGCCUGCACACGGGUGAGAAGCCCUUCGUGUGUAAAAGCUGCGGUGCUGGCUUUCAUCGCAAGAGCAGCUACCUGCAGCACGUGGCCAUACACCUGCCUGAGAAGACUGUGCAGUGCGACCAAUGUCCAGCGAGGUUCAAAUCCGUGACACUGAUGCGUAUACACAAGAACCGUCACCGGCCGUCGCCGUAUACGUUCAAAUGCGGCGUCUGCAACAACAGCUUCGCGCGGCGACGCAACGUGGCGCGACAUCUGCAGCGAGUGCACGGACUGGCUCCCGACCAUCACAUACACAGGAUAAAAAUACACUGAAGCAUACAUGACGAGAUACAUUUAGGCAACGACAAAUACAUUUAUGGCUGAAGGGAUUAGAGCUAAAGAUUGAAUACAUUAAAGCAGUGAGAGUUGCUUACGGAAACUGAUUAGAAAGGCUGAAAAAAUAAUACACGAAGCAACUUGCGAAAUCUAAGUGUGGUGACUGUAAGAACAACUGGGUACGGCGCCGUGGAGUGAAAGCAGAGAGUUUACUGAUUGACCUCUUACCACCAGUUACACACAAACAUAUACAGGAUAAAAAUACACUGAAGCGACGAGAUAUAUUUGGGCAACGACAAAUACAUUUAUGGCUGAAGAGAUAAGAGCUAAAGAUUAAAUACAUUAAAGCAGUGAGAGUUGCCUACGGAAAAUGAUUAGAAAAGCCGAAACACACAAGACAAGUUAAAAAGAAACAUUAUUUCGCAGACAGAGAAGCAUUAAACAAAAUUUUAAUUAAUGUUGUCAGCUAAUGAAAAUAAUACAUUUUAUUUAAUUAAUUGAAAAAAAUGCGGGUUCCAAUUUUUUUUUAUUUUCGGUUUUAUGUCCUAUAUUUUAUGUUAUUUUAAGAUAAUAAUAAUUUGUUCUGCUUAGUUGACACUCGGAAUAAAGGCCCAGCCUCCAUACAAAAUUGGGACAUUAAUCAAUCAAUUAAAAAAAUCAAUACAUUUGAGCAACAGCAAAUAAAUUUACGACUAAAGAAGUAUCAAUGACUGAAUAAUUAAUAUGUAUUAAGUAAAUUAAAAAACCGUUUAGAAAUAAAAUAAAAAUUUUUAAUAUUUAGGUA